UGUGCGCCUCAGCCAGGCGGACUCGGUCCUCACAUCACCCCGGACACAGUCUCUGCUUUCAAACAAUAUAUGCCUUUCCAAAGCAUGUCUUUGAACAACACCUAUGUCCCCAACUACACCAACAUCUUCACAAACCUCACCGCUGCUGCAAACCUCAACAACUACCUCGGACUCUACUAUCUUCCUUCCUACUCCCCAUCUGCUUGCGCAGCAAAGUGCAACGAACUCUCCACGUGCAACAGCUUCAACAUCUACGUUGAACGCGACCCCUCUCAAAACCCCACCAAGAAUGACUCUUCAGCUCCCACGGUAUGGGGAUACUGGUGUCCAAACCCUGCUUCCAUCAUAAACUACGUGUGCGCACUUUGGGCCGAUGGAAUGUACAAUUCCUCAGCUACAAACUAUGGACAGUACCGCGGUGGUGACUUUGAAGUGGUUAUUGUGGGUAGCAAUGGGUUUGUGAAG